CAAAAGAAGCCGCUUAAUUCUCACCAAAUCCAAGAGUGUAAAGUUUUUCAUAUCGCACUUUGAAAAUUUCGAUUCUGCUAAUUCAACGAAAAGGGAACGGAAAAAAACCUAAAGUGGGUCAUCGGGAAGGCACACGGAAAUAGCUGGCCCUCGUCGGAAGGUUUUUGGGAAUCGGAACAGCUGGCAGCGGUUCUGUUCCGGAGAGUGUUGAGUUUUUUUUUUCUUUCGUCGGUGUCGCUGACUGGUCGACGUCGUCGUCGUCAAUUAUUCACACAUCAACCCCCGACCACCGCCAGCAUCGAAAGGGGGAGAUUUUAAUUUUUCCUUACAAUUUUCGUCACCCAAAUGGUGGUAUCCCACAGAUAAGAGGUUGGUGGUAUUGAAAAUAAGAAAAGAAGGCCAUCAGCAAAGGCGAAUAGCGGAAGACGAGACGGGACAAAAAAAAAGUUCUGUUGACCAAUCAUAAUGGGUCAAUAAUCAGGGCCAGUUGUGUUUGAUCAGCUUUUUUCUGCCCUUUUGCUAUUUUCCCAUUUUAGGAAAGUGUGGAAAUUCUCUAAGGCAGGGCAACUCCGGACAAAACUACUAGAAGGGACGUCUUGAAUGGAGCAAAGAGACUGCUGCACACCCUUUCGAUGCGACUGAUAAGCAAUUGAGGAGAACGACAGACGUUUAAUUAAAUUUAGAACACUUUUUUGCUACGUUUGCCGUUUGCUACUGCUGGCCAGUUUUGAUUUUGCCCCCGCUUCUUGGAAGGGUUUUGUUUUGCCAGUAUUGAAGAAGAAACGAUCGUGCUAUCGUUAGAAAAGCUGAAGUUGAAAAAAUAGCAACAGCAGAAUGAUGAACGAGGAGACUACCCCUAGCAAGAACGUGGUGACGCAGUUUUUCAUAAGGAUCUCGCAGCUCUACCAGCUGCAGCUGGACCGUUGGACGCCGCACACCAAGCUGCGAUGGGCCGGCGCGAUCGUGCUGGUGCUCGCGUUCCUGCUGCGGGUGUUCACCAAACAGGGCUGGUACAUCGUGACCUACGCGCUCGGUAUCUACCAUCUGAACCUGUUCAUUGCGUUCCUUACCCCGAAGAUCGAUCCGGCGUUGGAUUUAGACGACGACCAAGGGCCGGAGUUGCCGACCAAGGCGAACGAAGAGUUCCGACCGUUCAUUCGUCGAUUGCCGGAGUUCAAAUUUUGGUACGCCGUCAGCAAAAGUACCGUCAUCGGCAUCAUCUGCACCUGCUUCGACUUUUUCAACGUGCCGGUAUUCUGGCCCAUCCUGGUCAUGUACUUCAUCACGCUGUUCUGUAUCACCAUGAAGCGGCAGAUCAAGCACAUGAUCAAGUAUCGGUAUCUGCCGUUCACCCACAGUAAGCCCCGCUACCAGGCGGUGCCCACGGAAAAGUGACAAUUAAAAGCACAAACCUUGCCAGCAACGCCCUCGUCAGUUUCUACUUCGACCACAACACCGGUUCCGGCUGCUGCUGCCGCCACCUCUGCGCUGUCCCCAGCAGUGCCGGAAGUGAAGCCUGCUUCCGCGGCCUCGUCGUCGUCCUCCGUUGUGGUACCACUGAUUUCCACCGUUUAGAGCGGAAAUUAUCAACAACAGCAACAACAACAACAACAACAACAAACCUUAACAACAACCCAUACAACUAGCAACAGAUACCAACCAGAUAGUAAGAGAGAAAGAAGGAUAGAGAGAGAGAGUAUGAAAACCAAUCACCGGUGCUGAAUUUGAUGGAUUUUUGGGUGUGGUUCCCGAAUUCGGAAACCAGUGACGCCUGGAGUUUCCUCCGUUUUGAGAACAGUUUCUCAGUUUAUCUUUUUGAGUAGUUGCUUGUGUGAUUUUUGUUUUGUUGUAGACAGUAUUGUUCCACUGACGAAUUGAGACGUUACAAUGAACGAGUGUUUUGUUUCAGUUUGAAUUCGAUUUCAACUCCCAAAGAAACAAAACGCCCGAUGGCAAUGAUUUGUGCUUACGUCGUUAUUUUCUCUACAGUAAUAGAGUAAUUUCUUUUGUUUUUAUGCCCCAACUUUCACGAGAACAAAUUUUUGGAAAGGAAAAAGGCGUUAUCGAAAUCUGAACGGUUUAGUUCUUUAAAAUAUUGCAAAGAUUACACAAUAUAUGGUAGAUGUUCUAAAAAUAAACUUCUUCACCCGUCAACAGUUUUCUUGUACAAACACUCACUUUGGGGUUCACAUUAGUUCGAAGCACCCUUCUCGUGUAUCUCCUAUCAAUUUCGGCGAAUUUAAAAUUUAGCCUUCCUAGGGCAUGCAAAACGAUUCUUUCAGAAAUUCUACAAUGUAUUUAUAUACAUAAAGUAAACAAAUAGGUGAAUGUGUUGAGUUAGUUUUAAUUCGAUUAUACUGAAUAGUCUUGUUUAUACCAUGUAAGUCUUUCAUUUCCCCCGGAAAAUUUUAUUAGAUGUUCCAGCAAAAUUCGGUUAAACUACACAGAAAAUUUUACGUUCACGGUUAUCAGUUACUGUAUCCCACUGUGCAAAGUUAUCUGUUGGUACACUAUUUAUAGAAAUAAAAAAAAAUCCUAAUAAGGGUAACACCCCAUUUCAAGCAACAGAAUUCCGAAGUUAAAGUGAAGCCAGAAAUUCAGCAAUUUUUUACAGAAAAAAAAAAGUUUAAGUAGCGAGCAACCAGUAAUCAGUGUAUUUUGCAUUGUGUAGAAUAAGUUACUUCCUAUAUUGAGAAUACUUUGGCGCGUCCAUCGAGAAAGGAAAGUUUUUUUUUUCAAGGUUUAUCGCGCAUCAGAUGUGUAUCGAAGAACUCGUAACGGGCACGCUGCAACGCGGUUGUGUUGUGCAAGCGAAUUUUUUUGGUACUCGACAAGCGGAAUGGAAAGAUCAGAAAAAGGGAAAGCAUAUUACCGAAUUACACACAUCUUUUAGACAAAAUAUUAAGCAAAGAAAAAGAAAACAAAAAAAAAGUCGAGCAGCAAAAAUUAAGAUGAGCGAAAUCGAGUGGAUUAAAAAAAACAGGUAAAAGUGUGUGGUAUAGGAUUAAAACCAUCUUAUUGUACUAUGGAAGCAAAAACCAUCAUGGAUAACCAAAUAAAUUUAAACCGAAAUCAAA